AUAAAGAAAACAAAACUGUGUCAUCCAAAACAUUGCUAGGUUUUGGUAUUAGAUUUAUUUGUUUGAUGUUGUUUACUUGAAAUGAGAUUAUGGAUACGAUUAAAAAGUACCUAAAAACUAUAGGAAAGGGAUUUUUCAAUAGUCUUUUUGAAAGAUCGAUAAGGGUGUACAUUCAGAAGCACUUGGGGGAAUUUUUGCUGAAAAAACUGACGACAGAUCAAGUGGAUAUUGGGCUCGAUGGAGGAUCACUAGCUAGCCUCUUUUUGAACUGUGAGGCAAUCAAUGAAAGACUUGAAGGUGUCAAUGUGCCAUUCACUUUGUUAGAGGGUUACAUUGACAUUUUGCAUUUGAAAAUCCCAUGGGCUGACAUUUCAACAGAAUCUAUCAUUGUGGAAGUUGAAGGACUAAUGCUUGUUCUUAAACUGAAAGAAACUGAAAUAGAUGAUGGCAUUGAUGUUAAAUCAAUGUUUGAGAGCAUGACUGCGUCCAUGGUGGAGGAAGUGAUGAAAAACAAUGUGGCUGUUGAAGACAUCACCAAGAUAUCUGAAGCUGGAAAAGGAGUUUCACCAUUUGAAAGUGUGGAGAUUAUGUCAGAGUUUAUAUCUUCUAUCACUUCAAGAAUUCAGGUGAAAAUGACCAAUGUCAUCAUAAGGACAGAAAAGUCUCCUGGAGUGUGUGUGGAGCUCACAGUCGAAAAAAUAGAAUAUUUCGACAAGGACUGUGUUCCCUCUAGUAUCCCUGGCAGGGAAAAAACUACAACAGGGCAGACAGCUUUAAAAGGAUUCACAACCAAAGUUGUAGAGAUUAGCAAAGUCACACUGAGUGUUGAGGAGGUGUGGAACAGACCAACGUCACCCAAGGCCCUGGAUCCUAUCCAGCAGUCUACUAUUGCAUUUGACAUAGCCAUGAGCUCCCCACCCAACUCUGGUAGCUACAUGACCAAUUCUUGCAUGACCCAGUCCAUCUACCCAGGAAUGACCAGUCAGGACAUGGACAGCCUGAUGGACACAACAGAGCCUGAAGGGGGUGGAAUGAUCCCUGUGCUUUCACUGGACAAGACGCAGACCAUUACAAUUCAGAUUAAGAAUGAUGACCAGCUACCUGGCCCAGCUGUUGAUGUGUCUUGGGUCACUGAAAGUUUGCAUGUUUUUCUCUCACCAAAACUUCUUGACUUGAUCACACAAUUUAUCAAUGCAUCUGAAUCCAAGAAAACUUCCAAGUCUAUUCCAAUGACACAAGAAGACUAUCAAGUGUGCAACAGGCUGCAGGAAGCAGAAGAACCACCCCAGAGACACAGUCAUUUGUUUAGUGUGCCUGAACUUUCAAUAGAGAAACACUUGGAAGUCAUGCGUGGUGCUACCGCAGAAAGCAUACUAUCAGAGGAUGAUAUGUUUUAUUCUGCCUACCCAAGUGGUCGCAAGAGUUCUGUCUCAGUUUUUGAUGUCAGUGAUAGUGCCUCUGUCAGUACAUUUACUGCUGAUAGCUCAUACAGCAACUUUAAUGCAAGUGAGUUCUCUUACACCAAAAAACAUAAAGUUCCAGAACGCAGCAUCAGUCGACACUGGGAUGACAACAUGGCAGAGACAUUAAAAGUCAACAUGACCAUCCCAUUUUUUACUAUUUCCAUUCUGCUAGAAGACCUUGACCCUGGGAGAUUAAUUCCUUCUGCUCUGGAUGGAGAGUCCACUAUUACUACACCUCUGAGCUCUUUGCUGUCAACGCUGACCAACAAGGCAACACUAUCUGGUCCUUUUCAGUCUUUCAGUCCAUCUAGUCCACCUGAAUCUAGUAUCAAUGAUGUACGACUUUCAGAACAUGCAGACACUGCCCCAGUUUUUUUCUCAGAUAGUGGAAUGGACCAGUCUCAUAUGUCUUUCAAAACUGCUCGCUAUGAUAGUGAUGAGGAUGAUGAAUAUCAUGACAGUGGUGAAUUUUUAGCUUCAUCGGUUGAUGGCCAAGAUAUCAAGCAACCUCAAACCAAAUCUCAGGCUCUACCAGGAGUUUCAAGAUCAUCAUUUUCUAAAGAUCAAAAGGGCUCCCCACCUAAAUCCUCGCCAGCAUCAACUAAUACAAAUGAAAAUCAGCUGCAACUUGUAGCAGUUGGUCUUUUUGAAGCUUUGUCAAAACUGGAUUCACGGAGUCCAUUGCACUUGUUACGAGACAAAGUAGCAUCAAUAUUGCCAAUAGAUCAUUUAGGCUUAUUAGCAAAGCCAGUCCAUAUUGCUGUCACUCAAGAAAAGAGGAUCUCCAACACCAAGUUGAGUGCUAACAUUACAUUUGGCAAACUGGAGAUAAUUGAGUGUUUAUUUGACUGUACAAGUAAACCUAGUGAUUUUGCUAAAACUGCUCUUCCGAAACUUCCUCAGUAUUCUGUGAAGAAAGGAAAGAAGAAUACCAGCAAACAUAUACAAAUAAAUCAGUUAUUGGCCUUUGAUAUCAAUGGACAGAAUGAGAACACAGUACCAUAUGAUCCAUUCAAUUUGUUUAGCUCUGAGAGAACCAAGACACCACAGUCUGCUCUGACUAUAACUAUAGAUUCUGUGCAGUCAAAAAGACAUGGCAGAGAAAACCCAGCAAUCAAAGUAUCUCUGGAUUUCAACAGUAUGAUGUCAGAGCUUGAUAUUACAAUUUUAGACAGACUGACCAAUCUGAUUCACAGAGAACCUGCCAAUGGAAGUGGGACAAAUCUCGGGGCACAUUUGAUGGACACGAAUGGACAAGUUGGUAUCGAGGAAGCUAUUAAAGAUGAACACAGAAGAAACAAACUGAAUCUAGAUGUACAAGUGAAAGCUGUCCAUGCCACUCUGAGAGUCAGGUUCCCCAUUCCAGACUUACGUAUUGACAGACCAACACACAAUCGGGACUGGUGGAGGCGCAACCUUCACAAGGAAGUCCUUUUGUUAAAACUGGAGUCACCAGAUUUUGUGACCAACAUUCAAGCAGAUGAGCCUCUUCAACUGGCACUUCAGAUCUUUAAAAUUAGUGCUUAUCUUCAAGAAGAUAUAAACAAAGAUCCAAUCCUGUUUGGAGAAGUGACUGUUGAAGAUCCGGGGGUGCACGAUGUUCAUCAUUUCAACUGGCCCAGGGUUGUCAUAAAUAUCAGCAACAAAGCCAACUCAGCUCUAGAGACUGAGGAGGAAUCAGAUGCAUCAGCCACCAGUAUAGACAGCUACAUGGAGCCCGGCCUGCUCAAGAGAGAAGCUGGUCCAUUCAGUAAGAAGAAAAGUCUGUAUGAGAGAGAUGAUCUUUCCUUCAAUCAAAGCAAUCCAGUCUAUGAUGAGAUGGUAAUGCCAGGGGACACAAAUGAGCUUCGACAAUUUCGUGAAGAGUGCCUUGCCCGUACUGGUCUUUCCAUUGACAUAACCAUUCCAUCAGUGACUGCAUUUCUUCACAGUAGAGAAUUUUUGGAGCUUAUUUAUAACAGGUUUAAUAAUGAUCUGUUGAUGUGGGAACCCCAGCCUCCCAGAAAACAUGCUUACCUGGCAAGUAUGAUACCCUCAAACACAAGUCUGGGUGUCAUGCACCUGCUUCAAAAUGUCAUGGGAGAUCUGGAUGACAAGCUGAACCAUAAUUCAGAUGAUGAGAACUCUGAGUCUGAUGAUGAUGAUGAUACAUCCAUGCAUUACUCCAUCCAUGACCACAAAAACAGCAACAAGGCAGCUAAAACUGUUUCACCCAAGCUACUGAAUAAACUUUGUUUCUCUCUGAGUAUAGGAAAAGGAGCUCUCUUAGCAGUUGUACCUCAUCAGGACAAGUCUAAUCCAGAUCUCCAUGGCGAGAUCAUGAUUACACUCAAAGAUGGCCUUCUGUUUUCUGUCAAUGAGCAUGCAGGAGACCCAGAUUUGAAAUAUUUGUGUCUUCAAGCCAACAAUGCUCAAAUGUAUCACAAUGCUCACUUGCUUCAUCCAGUCAAAGCUGGUAACCUUGAACUUGUAAGAAACAAAAUCCCAGACUACCUGAAAUCGAAGUUGUAUCGCUCUGACCGUUGGGUGUCUGAUAAGUCUCAGGGAAGAGCUGGCUAUGGGAUGGACACUCCUGAUAUGGUCACUCUGGUUGUCAAGACUAAAUUGGACACAUUGAAUAAUGUCAAAAACUUCACUCUGGCCCUGAGGGUAGAUGGUGCUACCUUACGUCAUGAGAUGCACAGGCCUGGAGAGAGUUGGAUCUCACAGACAAUUGACUUGUUGGACCUGAAAGAUUUCCCUAUACUUGGCUACACUGUGCCUAAAAUAAAGACAGAAAUUCAUCUUCAAAUAGAUCACUGUUGUGUUGACUACAGACCCAUCAAUCUUCCCAUCUGGACAUUCCUUACUGUGGAGCACUUCAAUGUCUGCAGCAAUAUCAUUGCAGAGUCGGUGUUUUCUCAGAUCAGACUCUCAUUGGAUGAUUCAGCAUUGUUUAUAUCUAAGAGGUGUAAUAAGGAAGUGAACUUGUUGAAAGAUUAUAUUUGUGUAGCAGAAGUUGACCAGUUUAAAAUUUGGCUUCAGUUCUGCUAUGACAAAAAGGGCUACCAGAAAGCUCCUAAAUCAGACUUACGUUUUAUGGUAAAUGAACUGAACUUGUACACUUGUGCAGACUCAACCAAAGCUUUACUGGACUUAAUUCAGUAUAUUGUCAGUGAUGGAGAUUUGGAAGAAAAGAGUGAUGCAGGGGACAUUACUCCUACAGGGAGUGAAGAGCUUCCUCCACUAUCUAAUGAAGAUGUUUUCUCCUCGCUGCCUGUGUUACAAAACAUCACCCCAGAACAAGUUGCCUCUGUAGAAGCUGCAUUAGAAGAUGCCAUGAUUGAGUGUCCAGAAACACAGAAACUGAGACAUCCUUCGGGAAAAAAAGAAAAGCCUCAGAAAAUGACCACAGUGUUCUUCCAGUGUGACAGUAAGCAGAUGCCUGUCAUGAAGAAUGACCUUGACAAUGCCUUGCUCCAGAUAACAAUUUCAGACAGCUCAGACUCAACUACACCUGAUGAAGAAGGAAUGGGCGGAAAUAUGGAGGACUUUGAAAUUGUUGAUUGUCAUUUCAAAGAAGUUACUAAUAUCAAAGGAAGUCAUGAAGUUCACAUGUUGACACCAAAGCCCAUAGAAGUGAAUGAGAACUUUAUACGUAAGCCAACAUCUAGCUACGACCACCUAAAAGCACCAGAAAAAUUUCCAGAUCCUGAGGUGCAAUACACUUUGCGGGAGAUGUCUGUUGUUUGGCAUAUAUAUGGAGGAAGUGAUUUCUCACACCCACGGAGAGGAUCAAGCUCCGAGCACAAAGGUUUAUCUAAAGGAAAUCCAAGUCCAAGGGAACAGAGAAAAUCAAGCUGUGGGAUAAAGACACGUCAGCACAGUUGGCGACACAGAGGUGGUGACUCCAGAGACUUUAAUGUUCUUAUGGAACUUGACCUUAACAAGAUACGAUUUCGCUAUGAGGUAUACCCCAACAACACUAAACAGGCUUCACGAUUCAAACUUCUAGUCAACAGUAUUGAGAUCAGAGACAGGAUAAAAUCUUCAGAAGUUAACAAAUUGUUGGUAAAACUUGUUGACAAAGAACACCCUGAACAGUCUUCAGCUUACAUGCUGAUGUUCUCUGGUGUAUUCACUCGACCUGAAUAUUUGCCUUUUAGAAAAGAGUGUGAAGUAAAGGCUUUCUGUCUCCCAAUCAAACUAAAUAUAGAUCAGAUGUCUUUGAACUUCUUGUGGAAGUUUAUCUCUCAAGUCUCAGAGCCAGAAACAGAAGGUCCCUUAGAAAGUGGUGGCAGAUCAUCCCCUCUAAGUGGUCGGGCCUCUCCCACACAUUUGAGCCCACGUAGCUCCAUCACCAGCACUGACCCCAUCAUGAGGAUUGGCUCCUCUUCCACCUGCGAGUCCAGCAUGGACCAGACAGAGCUGCUGAUGAAAUUUGAAGACUUUACCAACCAACAGAGCUUAUAUUUACAGGCAAGACUGAAUGAAAAUACCAAUAUGGAAUUACCUGAGGAGGACUUACCAGUGUUUAUCAAGUCCUUUAUUCUAAUCUCUGAGGUGACAAUUAAACUGGACUACAGGGGGAAAAGAUGUGAUAUGGACAGUGGCAUGGUGGGAAUGAUGCUUGGUGUGGCUUCAUUGACUGGUUCCAUUGUUAAAUUAAAGAGAAUAAACUGUCAGAAAGGCAUUUUAGGCUGGGACAAGCUACUGAUGUAUGCAUAUAAUGAAUGGCUGAAUGACAUCAGAACCAAUCAAAUUCACUCUAUUCUCAAGGGUGUUGGAAGUCUUUCAAUAAUAUUUCAAAUAGUUCAGGGUGUGAUGGACUUGAUCCGUCUUCCCAUUGAGCAGUACCAGAAAGACAGGAGAAUAAUCAGGGGCCUACAGCGUGGUGCCAAUUCAUUUACACUGAAUACAGUCAUGGCUAUCUUAGAACUGACCAAUAAAGUGGUGGGUUCCAUACAGUAUUGUGCUGAGAUGGGCUAUGAUAUGAUGUCACCUGGACCUAGUGUGAGGCGGCGUAAGCAGUUAAGACAGAAUAGUCGACAACCUAGAACCAUUGCAGAGGGUGCUAAAACUGCUUUGACCUUGGUUACUGAGGGAGUGAAAGAGUCUGCCUCAAGUUUGUCCGCUAUCGUUAGUGAAGAGAGUGCACACAAAGGCUAUGUAGGAGUGGUUGGUGGCGCUCUUAGAAAUGCAGCACCUGAAUGUUUGUUCAAACCCCUGGCCCUCUUGGCAGAGGCUGGGACCAGCAUAGUGCAGGGUGUGAGAAAUGAAGUGGAUCCAAGCAAGAUGAAGGAAGAGGAAGAUCGUUGGAAGUAGAAUUGAACAUAAAUUAUUGCUAGUUAACAUUGAAUAUUUUUUACAUGAAAUUUUGUAGAAUUACAAUUUCUUUAAAAGCCAUUUGAAAGAAAGUUGGAACAAAAUACAUCAAUAUUUUUUAGUGUUGUAUUUUUGUGUCUAGCAAAAAAAAAAUUCUACCAGUAUACAAAACAUUUACCUUAGAAAAAAUAUUCUAAAUGAAAAGGUGGGCAGCAAGAAUACCUGCUUUAUCAUUGUGCUCAUCUUAUUUCAGUAGGUAUCCCAAAAUGUAGCUCUGCUGUUCUCUUUUCAUGUUUCUUAGCAUAUUUCUUUCCCUCCAAUUAAAAAGGAAAUGAUAUUAUUUUUUC